UCAAACUUCAAAGGGAAAAAACGAAAAAAGAAAAAGAAAGAAAAGAAGAACAACGAAACAGAAAGGAAACUAAUCAACCGGGGUCAAAGCUCAACAGCACAGCAAGAUGAUCAAGAAAUCGACUCCCUCGCCUAUCAUCAAGACCAACAAGACCACUACCACUAGCCCACUCCGACAGCAACAGCUCAACCAACUCAACCCAUCAACACCACCAACCACUACAAAAACAGCAACAACACCCAUCAAAAACAAAAACAAAAACACUUCACCAAUCAACAAACUCAACUCACAAAACUCAACCCCACGAUCAGCAGAGAACCACGACCGAAGGAGCUUCCAAGGAGACCACCAUCGACACCGAUACAUGACUUACUCAGCAACAACUACCCCAUCACCCAACUCAAUCCAAUCAAACCAACAAACCAACCACCACCACCACCAACAACAACAACAACAACAACAACAACAUCUCACCCUACUCGGAGCACCCCCCAAUGCACACUAUUCACCACACUACGGACAACCCGUCCAACGAGCACCCACCAGCAAACGCAAACCAGCACCCCCACUCUCGCCCUCCUACAAUCCUCCCAGCAGCCCCAUCCUAGACUCCCUCACCCCUCGGACCCCCUCCCCCUCCCACUCCAACUCAUCCUACCUCCACUCCCCAGAGAUCUCGCCCUCAAGAAGAACCCAUCGCAAGCUCAUCAAGUCUCGCUCCCCCAGUCCCUCCCCCCGCUCCGGGACCGCGAUCGUCAAAAAGAUCGGCUCCGCACUCGUCGCCCCCUUCAGGAACUCCAACUCCAGACGAGGCUCAGACGCGUCUGAAAUCGGGCUGAGCAUCCAGGAAGUCAGUCGACUCAGCAGCUUUGGCCCCCCAGUCCAGCCCUCAGGUCCUGCUAGUUCGGCGGAACAUCUGCCAUGGAUGCCGAGUGUGGGGGCGGCCGGGAGUCCGACGCCUGGAGCGCAAGAGGAAGACCAAGAAGGCUUGACGGAAGCGGAGCGGAUCGUCCGAGCGAGCCGGAGUCGGGGGACGCUUGCCGACGGGACGACGGGGGCGUUCCCGGAGCGGGUGCUUCGGGUGGUCAACGGCUCGGCGAGUGUGAGCACCCGGGCGAGCGGGGAGAGUCGGACGAGAGAUUUGAGCCUGGAAGAAGAGUCCUGCAAGACCACCCAACCGCUGAACAUCGUCCCUUCCCAAAACUCGCGUCAUUCGUACCUCUCCACAUCCACCAAGGCCGGCUGCACGAAAUGCGUGGCCCUGGAGGAGCAGCUUCGGGCCGAGGUCGCCCGGGGCAGAGCCCUCGAACGCGCCCUCGACGCCCAGACCCUCAAGCUCGACCAGCUCCGCAACUGGGCCACCGCCAAAGUCUCCUCGCUCGACCAGACCUUACAAGCCCAAGAAAAGCUGCUCCAGCAGGUCGAACAACGCAUGGCCGAGCGCCAUCAGCCGGAUAUCAAGAGCGACUAUCUGAUCGCGCUCCAGAAAGAUUACGUCGAACUUAACGCCCGUCUGGCGCUCUUGGAGGCCAAAGAACAUGAACAUGACGAAGAUGAUCCUCAUGACUCUUCGCCGCUUAGUCCGCCCUCACAUUACGGAAGAUCCACCGUCCCGGCCUAUGUAUCCAAGUUAUUAGAAGACCCACGGGAGGUCCGUCCGUUACACACCCGAGCAUACUCCACCCCGCCCCUGGCCACCGGUAAGGCCCGUCCGGCCCCCUCCACCUCCCCCUUCUCACGACCCUCCUGGAAACCCGCAUCGCCGGCAACCUUGGCCUCCAAACUCGCCCCCCCUCCUCCCUCCACGCCCCGCUCCCCUCAUAACCCCCGCUCCGCCCCCGUCACGCCUUCCUCUGCUUCGGGUAGACCGAGGUAUACUUCCGCUCUCGGUGUCAAGGCACCCUCGCCGCUCGGGUUCGCGUAUCAGACCCGCAAGAUCAUCGAUAAAGAUGGGGACGAGUUGCCGAAGCGGGCCUCGCCGACGGUCCCGAUCCGCUCGCCGUCCCCACCCGCCCCCUCGUCCGGCUCCGCACGCAUCUCCAACCCCGUCUCGCCUCGGAUCUCCAGUACCACUAGUAACGGCCCCAAACAUAGCUACGCCAGACCUACGCUCGCCUCCUCCUCUAGACUCUCCGCCCUUCAUCCUUCCGCCUCCCCCUCUUCUUCCACUCUUCUCGCCAACAAUAGGAAGCCCGAUCAUGCCCGCUCCGCUAGGGUCUCCGUCAUCAACCCCCCUAUCCUCCGUCCGGCCGCUCAUCUUGGUAGUCCUAGACACACCGUCCCCUCUACCCCCUUCAAUAAAAAUAAGGCCGUAGGCGAUCUUAUAAGGUUGUUCGAUCAGCCUAAAUAAAUCUCUCUUUCUUUUCUUCGGUCCCUUUUCUUCAUUUUUUUUUUUUUUUUAUCUUUUUUUUAUCUUUUUUUUUUUUUUUUUUUUUUUGGAUUUUUUUUUUUUU